AUGUUGACACGUGCUCGAUCGUUAUUUUCGCGUGUGUUCUCAUCGGAGAGUUCGACGUCAUCUGCCCGUCAAGACGAACCAAUGAAACAAGUAAAUGAUGAACUAGAGAAUAUGAAUCGAACACGUGCAAACCUUCGGUAUUUGCAUCCUCAUGAAAAAAGUAAACAAGAUCGGUUGAUUCAUUCGAUGCAAAUUGCGAUAUCACGUGGAAAUCUCGACACUAUCAAACGUCUGUUGAAUAGCUCAGAUAUUAAUAUCAACCACCGGGAUCAAUACGGCAUGAGCUACAUCGAACAUGCUAUUCUGAUGGGCCGAUUGGACAUGGUUGAUUUAUUCAUCCGUUAUGGUUGUGAUCUUUUUCAAGGUAAUUCAAAUGGACAUUCGUGUUUGUAUGACGCAAUUGAAACGACAACGAAUAAAUCAACUGCGAUCGUUCGUCUUUUACUCGAAUCCAAUUGUGCAUGUUUACGUACAUUAGAUGUAGUUACAUUAACAUCAUUAACGCAAAUCGCCUAUAUCAAUUGUGAUGAUUAUCUUCUUCUUAACGAACAUUUACUCCUUAUCUUCAAAUAUCAUAUGCGUCGAAUGGCUUUAGAUGUACUUUUAAAUCUUCUAAGUUACUUCAUUCAAACGAAUUUGUUUCUAUGUAAAAACGAUGAAUAUUAUGGACUCGAUUCAACGAAGAAAACCAUCUUUCUGGAUUUCAAUCACGAUUACAUAUCACUGUUCUUGAAGGAACUUCAAUUGAGACAUUUAGCAAAGUUUAAAACCAAAAUUCAAUGUUUACCAACUGUAUCUUCACCGUCGUUAAUUUCGCUAACAAAUAAUGAUAUUCAACCAUGUUUAACACAAGUCGAUAACUCAGUAAAACAUGUCGUUGAGUUGAAACAUCUGUGUCGAUUCUUCAUUCGACAAAAUGUGAAAAAUCUCAAACUAUCAACGAUAGCUAAGAUCGUUCCAACUGUUAAACUUCAAGAUUAUUUAUUGUACACCCCAAUUUGA